AUGAUUGGCUUCGACUUCACAUCUCGAGCCAAUGACCGUCUCGCGCAAGCGCUCAGCACAAUCGCACCAGCUGGGAGGGCUCUCGUCGCGCUCAUCUGCACCUUUCCAAUAGUUCUGAGUUCUGCCCCUCCCCAGCGGACGCCAGCAUGUGCCUGCCAGCUUCCGACCCACGAAAUCAACCAUUACGGCACUUGUAAUUCUCGAUUCGAAAGGAAGCCAAAGACAACUACAUCCAUCAUCAACAUGUCUGCCAUCCAACUCAACUUCACGCUCCGCACCUCCGCCAACUGCAAGACGGUCCACCUCCUCGGCUCUUGGGACAACUACAACGGGCAACUCCCCUUGUCCAAAGACACCACCAAAGCCGGCGGAUGGAAGGGCACGUUCCGGUUCCAGGGAGCCACCUUGAAGCAGGGCCAGCGCUACUGGUACUACUACAUCAUCGACGGGUACCACGUCUCCCACGACCCGGCUCGAGAGUCCGUCACAGAGCCGACGACCGGUCGCAAGCUGAACACCCUCGACAUCCCCAAGGCCAGCUCGCGCGAGGAAGCGCCCUCCAGCAAAUCCUCCCGCCACAACCGCCGGGUCAGCUCCUCCAACGUCGCCAAAGGCCGCUCGCUCUCCCCCUCCCAGAUCCAGAGUCCGAAACCCGGCAAGCCGUACGAGACCCGCCAGAUCGCGCAGGAGAAAUUCAUGCACCCGACCGUCGAGAUGCUCACCGCCAAGUUCGCCGCGCAGCAGAUCUCCGAGUCCGAGGAGAGCAGCAGCAGCGAGGAGGAAGAGGACUCCGACUCGGACGCCUCCGACGUCCCGUCCCUCAGCUCCCGCAGCAGCAACAGCAGCACGCCCAGCUCCGUGUCCUCGGUGUCGUCGUGCUGUACCUGCGAGCGCUACGGCAUCACGCGCGCCGGGGCACGGGUCAAGCUCGACUGCGGCGGUUCGCGCUGCGGGUCCUCUGAUGGCUCAGAGUGCAGCAGUGAGAGCGAGGACGACCAUCGCGUGCGCACGACGAGGAGGCAAGGAAUUGUCGUGCGCAAGUGA